CCACCUCCAUCGAAUGUGCCCUGCAGAAUAUAUCAGAUAAAAUUUUUUUAGUUUAAUUUUUGUUGAGCACCUCAAAAUAAACACAAAGUAUUGAUAGCCUAGUAAAGAAGUGAAAGCACAAGCCUCAGGCCUAGCAGCACACAGUAAAGGGAGUGAACGCAAAUACAUGAUAUGGUGUGACAAUUUUAGGGAAAUGGCCGACAAAGGUGCAGAAGCCCCCACAGACAGUGCGACACCUGCAGAUGUUGCCGAAGAAGAUCACACAACGCUGAAUGUUCCACCUGCGUCGGCGAACAAAGGUCCCACAGAUGCAUCCACUUCCACUACGGUCCAGGUGGGUGGUGAUGUGGCGGAGGCGGAGCGCUGCUGCUGGAUCUGCUUUGCCACCGACGAAGACAACCGGCUGGCGGCGUGGGUUAAGCCCUGCCAGUGCCGUGGCACCACCAAGUGGGUGCACCAGAGCUGCCUCUACCGCUGGAUUGACGAGAAGACCCAAAAGGGCAACGCCCUGCGCUCUGUGGCCUGUCCACAGUGCCAGACGGAGUACAUAAUUGUGUUCCCCCAGAUGGGCAAAUUUGGGGGUGCCCUGGAGGCGAUGGACAAUCUCAUCAAGCGCCUUAGUCCUUUCCUGGCGGCUGGAUUCUUUGUUGGCUCUUUAUACUGGACAGCUGUCACGUAUGGAGCGGUUACAUUCUUACAGAUUGUGGGUCAUGAGCACGGCAUGUCUAUAAUGGAGGCCGGCGACCCGCUCGUUCUACUCAUCGGGCUGCCGGCAAUUCCGGUGGGACUGGUGCUUGGUCGCUUGAUUCGAUGGGAGGAUGCCCUGUUGCGCCUUAUUCGAAACCGCGGGACGGUUGUGCGGAAGUUUCCUUUCAUGAGCCUAAUUUAUCCGAACCUCAGCAAUCAGGAAGAAGACCAGCAAAGCACCAGCAAUCCGGCUACACCGGCUCUUUCGGACCCCGUGUCGGCCACGCGAGUUUUCUGUGGCGCCCUUCUGCUUCCCACUAUAUCGUCGAUCGUAGGACGAAUUCUCUUCGACUCGGUCGACAACACGUUGCAUCGCACUCUCCUCGGAGGACUCACCUUUAUAACGGUUAAGGGAAUCCUGAAAAUUUAUCUGAAGCAAAAACAAUACGGCCGCCGUAAGAAGCGUCGAAUCGUCGACUACACUGAGGAAAACAUUCGGAAUUUCAUGCAUCGCAACAAUAACAAUGCCGCAAGUGCAGCGCGACAGGAUCAGCAGCCCCAGCAACGACCAGUGCCUCCUGCUCAGCGUAUGGACGCAGUAAUCACUCGUCCACGCGGCGAUAGUGGCGGGAGCGUUGUCUAGGAGGAAUUGUUAUUGAUUUAAAUUUAUAGGGCGAACUUUUUCCUACGAGUUGUCGUUUGUUUUAAGUUAAUUGUUUUACCACUUGCAAGGACACACCACAAGCCCUUUAACUAAGGUGGCUAAAAUUCUGGCAUUGCCUGCAGGGAGGAAAGCUAAAUUUAUUGUUAAAAUACACUAUGUGUAAUGGCCGGAAUCUAAAUGUAUAUUCAAACCAGACGCCAAUUAGCCAUGGCAAUUAUUUUAUUAAUAAUAAAGGAAAAUUCGCCAUGUCCAUAAAUUUAA